AUGGAAAGCAAGAUCUACAUACGUGCUGUUAGAAGAACUUGGGAAACUCUGGAUUAUGCUAUCCUAGUUAAGAUAUUCAUGAAGCUGAGCAUCUUGGAUUUAGUUUCUAAUGUACGUAGAGUCUGUACGUCCUGGAGCAGGGCAUGUUCUGACUCAAUUCUCUGGGGAACACAUGAUGUGGGUGCAUUGAAGUUCGGCCUCAUGAAAGUUAUCCAGCGAAGAUCUUGUAGGGCGUUUGAGCAGUGUAAUCGAAUGUUACUGCCGAUGUUGAACAUUGCGUUAACUCUGAGUUGCAAUAAUGUGACUCGAUUGAUUUUCGACUUCAAUAUGAACAUUAAGGACGAGCACUUAAUCUUUGCAGCUGAGAGGUGCUCAAACCUUAAACAACUUGUGCUUCCAGCUUGGAAUCAAAUUAGAGCAGAUAUGCUCUGUGCUGCAAUAGGGAAAUUAAAAGGGCUCGAGUCCCCAUAUGAUCAUGAUUUUGCGACUACCUUGUUUAUUUACAUCCCAAAUCUCAAGGUCUUGAGCCUGCGAUAUUGUUCGGUUCUGCAUAAAGAUGCUUUGAAGAUCACAUUGAUGCUCUUCGACUUCGAGGUACUCAACAUAUCUCAUUCUGUCAUCGUAGACACUCAUCAAACCAAAAACCCAUUUCGUUACACUGGGAGCGUGACUAGGUGA